AUUUCUUUCCCACCCCAAUCAAAAAGAUACAUUAUCAUAUCUUUCUAUCUAUUUGUGAUUUUUUCUGACGUGGCCCAAUAGAAAGUAGUGCAACUUUUUCAAGAUUUCAAUUCAUAUCCUAGCUUAUUCAAUGCUAUACAACACCAGUGUAUAUAUUCAUACAAGUGUACCUUCACAUCACUUUGCUCUUGGUUUAGAGCAUUUGAUCCUUUCAUAAAGAUUCAGUUUCUUCUCCAUUUCUCAUCCCUCCAAUCACAUCCUAAUUUCUUGGGUUUAUUGUUCAGGUACAGAAGUAAAACAGAAAAAAAAAAAAGAAAAAAGAAAGAAAAACAGCAUUUAGUGACAGUAGCACCAGCACACCCCACUAGAUUUUCUUGAAAGAAUUUUGAAUUAAAUCCCCUUUAUCAAGAAAACCCAGUUAGGAUUUGGAAGUUAGGCACAUUUAUUGGGUGGUUGGGUCCUGAAAACUCUGCAUAAAUUUCUUGGUAUAUACAUACAAAACACUCUUUAUCAUGGCUUUAUGUGCAUAUGCAUUUCCUGGGAUUUUGAACAGGACAGUGGCAGUGGCUUCAGAUGCUUCAAAGCCAACUCCUUUAUUCUCUGAAUGGAUUCAUGGAACAGAUCUGCAGUUUCAGUUCCACCAAAAGCUUACUCAGGUCAAGAAAAGGUCACGUACGGUUCAGGCUUCUUUGUCAGAAUCCGGAGAAUACUACACACAGAGACCACCAACACCUAUUUUGGACACUAUCAACUAUCCCAUUCAUAUGAAAAAUCUUUCUCUAAAGGAACUUAAACAACUAGCAGAUGAGCUAAGAUCAGAUACAAUUUUCAAUGUAUCAAAGACUGGUGGUCACCUUGGUUCAAGUCUUGGCGUUGUUGAGCUUACAGUUGCUCUUCAUUAUGUCUUCAACGCACCCCAAGAUAGAAUACUCUGGGAUGUUGGUCAUCAGUCAUAUCCUCACAAAAUCUUGACUGGUAGAAGGGAGAAGAUGUCAACAUUAAGACAAACAAAUGGACUUGCUGGAUUUACUAAGCGGUCGGAGAGUGAAUAUGAUUGCUUUGGGACUGGCCACAGUUCCACCACCAUCUCAGCAGGCCUAGGGAUGGCUGUUGGAAGAGAUCUGAAAGGAAGAAACAACAAUGUUAUAGCCGUAAUAGGUGAUGGUGCCAUGACAGCAGGUCAAGCUUAUGAAGCCAUGAAUAAUGCUGGUUACCUGGACUCUGACAUGAUUGUUAUUUUAAACGACAAUAGACAAGUUUCUUUGCCUACUGCUACUCUGGAUGGGCCAGUUCCUCCUGUUGGAGCUCUAAGUAGUGCUUUGAGCAGGUUGCAGUCUAAUAGGCCUCUCAGAGAACUAAGAGAAGUCGCUAAGGGGGUUACUAAGCAGAUUGGUGGACCUAUGCAUGAGCUUGCUGCAAAAGUUGAUGAAUAUGCUCGUGGCAUGAUCAGUGGUUCUGGAUCAACAUUGUUUGAAGAACUUGGACUUUAUUAUAUUGGUCCUGUGGAUGGUCACAAUAUUGAUGAUCUUAUUUCUAUUCUCAAAGAGGUUAGAAGUACUAAAACAACAGGUCCUGUACUGAUCCAUGUUGUCACCGAGAAAGGCAGAGGUUAUCCAUAUGCUGAGAGAGCUGCAGACAAGUAUCAUGGAGUUGCCAAAUUUGAUCCAGCAACAGGAAAGCAAUUCAAAGGCAGUGCCAAGACUCAGUCCUAUACAACAUAUUUUGCAGAGGCUUUAAUUGCAGAAGCAGAAGCAGAUAAAGACAUUGUUGCAAUCCAUGCUGCCAUGGGGGGUGGGACCGGGAUGAACCUUUUCCUCCGUCGCUUCCCGACACGGUGUUUUGAUGUUGGAAUAGCAGAACAACAUGCAGUAACCUUUGCUGCUGGACUGGCUUGUGAAGGCCUCAAACCUUUCUGUGCAAUUUAUUCAUCUUUCAUGCAGAGGGCUUAUGACCAGGUAGUGCAUGACGUUGAUUUGCAAAAGCUGCCUGUGAGGUUUGCCAUGGACAGAGCAGGUCUUGUUGGAGCAGAUGGUCCUACACAUUGUGGUGCAUUUGAUGUUACUUUCAUGGCAUGUCUCCCUAACAUGGUUGUAAUGGCUCCUUCUGAUGAAGCGGAGCUAUUUCACAUUGUAGCAACUGCUGCUGCCAUUGAUGACAGACCAAGUUGUUUCAGAUACCCAAGAGGAAAUGGGAUUGGUGUAGAGCUUCCGGCUGGAAACAAAGGAAUUCCCCUUGAGGUUGGUAAAGGCAGGAUAUUGGUUGAAGGGGAGAGAGUGGCUCUAUUGGGAUACGGCUCAGCAGUGCAGAACUGUUUGGCUGCUGCUUCUGUGUUAGAAUCCCGUGGCUUACAAGUAACAGUUGCAGAUGCACGUUUCUGCAAACCACUGGACCGUGCUCUCAUAAGGAGCCUUGCAAAAUCACACGAGGUACUUGUCACUGUUGAAGAAGGAUCAAUUGGAGGUUUUGGAUCGCAUGUUGUUCAGUUUAUGGCCUUAGAUGGGCUUCUUGAUGGCAAGUUGAAGUGGAGACCAAUAGUUCUUCCUGAUCGAUACAUUGACCAUGGAUCUCCUGCUGAUCAGUUGGCAGAAGCUGGCCUAACACCAUCUCACAUUGCAGCAACAGUAUUUAACAUACUUGGACAAACCAGAGAGGCUCUAGAGGUCAUGACAUAAGAUGCAAGAACUGUAAAAGAAUGUAUAUUAUAAAAUAUAGUUUUAGGACAAGUCACCAACUAGCUGAAACAGUUGUAAGCUGUUAUAACUUUCAUAAGCAGGUUAACACAUAAUACUUAUUCUCCAAAUAUGUAAAGUUUCCAUGGCUGAGCCACAGUUCAAGACCUCUAAGUCUCUUCAAAGAGUUGUGAUUAACUCAUGUGGUUUCUGGUUGCGUAACCGUUGCUAGAUUUGGAGUUAAAUUUCAACGGCCUGAGUCCAUGAAGACAAAUGAAUAUAAAAGAUUUUGUCUUUUGUAGUUGCACAAGAAAGGCAACUCAAUGACAUUUCAAGUAUGAAAUCACAUAAAGUUGAAAGAAGUUUUGUGAACUCAGCGUCACAAUUGACUUAAUUAAUUGCCUUUCAGUCAUGGUCUUGAUUAGCCAUAAGAAUGCAUAGAUGAAACCAUUUUCUUCAAGAGAAACUAUGCUAUGCAUGUUUGAAGACCUAUUAGAAUCGACAGAUACAAUCUCCUAAACGAAGGGUCGAAAAGAAAGCAGAAACAAAGAAGUGUUGCCUUCUACAAUACAACUUUCCCUUUCAAAAUAGUUGCUC